GAAAGCUCCGGGCGCACUCCACCAAAGCGCUGUCUCCUCACUCUUAGCAAACACUAAGCCCUCUGCGCGUAAAGAUGCCGCUUUCUAGCAGCUCCACGUCCUCCACGAAGAGCAUCCGCAGAGCUGCAUCCGAGCUCGAAAGGUCUGACUCCAUCCAGGUAAGAAAGUUAGGUCUAUUUUUGUCAAAUGUCUUUAUCGUGUUCAGGGAAACAAACGAGGGCACAUCGCGCGUAAUGCUUGGGCACGGGACAAUUACGCAGCAGUUGAUGCACACCAGAUCACAGCAAUAUCUAAAGUAAAGAUAGCAAACCACAUUUUAUAUCAGCUUUAUUAUGUACCGUGGCAGCUACUUAGUCUUAGCUAUGUCGUAGGUUUACCUCGACUGCGUAGGUGUUCUAAUGCGCAUUUGGAGAUGUAAAGCGCUGGCAUCAAAUAUCCAAAGAGAUGACCAGAAGGUAAGAAAAUUUGGUGUCAUCUUUCUCUGAUGCUAUGCCCACGUGUCCUGGCAGCUUUAGAAACAAAUGCAAUCCACUAACUGCGAUGUCUCUUUCGGUACAGUCUCAAAGAUUCCUCGGCAGGCGGCAGAGCUUAAUCGAAGACGCGCGCAAAGAGAGGGAAGCCGCCGCUGCAGCGGCAGAGGCGGCGGAGGCAAGUGAGCAGAUUGUGUUCGAGGAGGACGAUGGCAAAGCGCUGCUCAACAUCUUCUUCUUUUUAAGAAACUCAAAGACACCAGCUCUGUCGCGGACUCUCAAAGUUUUUGAGGUGAGGCAGUAUUUGUCAUUUUAUAUGUGGAACUCUGUAUUUGAGAACAACAGCAUAAGUUGAGACGAAAAAGUGAGAUCUAGUUGAGGCUUUGUGUUUUCAAAAGUUCUCAAGUGUUUUUUUAUUAUUAAUAUUAUUAUUAUUUGUGGUUAAAUUGAUGGUUGCACCAUGACAAUAUUUGAAUGAAAUUAGAUCUUUCAGGGGUUGAUGUCACUGUUAGGAAUUAUGUCUUUUAACCUGUGCGUAAUGUGCUCACAGAUGUACUGUGAUGAAUAACUGUACUCUUAAUUUACUUCUUCCAUGAUAAUUCAUAAAUUCUCCAGUGACGAAUGCUCAAGAUUUACACAGAGAUGACAAGAGUCCUCCAAAAAAAAUAAAAUAAAAUAAACAGAGUUUUAUAAAAUAAGCCUGCUUGGAUGCUCAUAAAAACACAUUACAAUGGGAAUUUUAUCUGCUUGGCGUUAUCUUCAAUGACAGAAAACAACUCUUAAGUGAUCCAGUCACUUUUAAUUGACUGAUCUGUCAGAAUAAAAAAACUGAAGGACAUAGCCUCUUUGAUAGGGCACUGUCAAUAUUGAAAGGCAAAAAGAAAAUGAUAAAACAACAUUUGUAUUUUAACCUAUGGUUUUAAAGGACUGUGAGCAUGUUUUAUUCUAAAUAGAUGGCUUAAAAUAAUGUGCAUUUUUAAUAACUCUGAAAUGUAAUUUGGAGGAGAAAACGGUUCCUUGUGUUAAAUAAAUGUUAAAGGGACUUUUCUUUUAAAGAUCAAAUACUGAGCGUUGAGCUUCCCUCCUGCGCUUUGUCACCCUUCAGUGUUUGCCAAUACUGCUGAAGCCACAUUCAAGUGUUUGCUGACUGUAUUUCAGACAUUUGAAGCCAAAAUCCAUCAUUUGGAGACACGACCACGCCGGAAGCUCAAGGAUAACCUGGAAGGUCUGGAGUACUUUGUCCGCUGUGAGGUUCAUAUCUCAGACGUCAGCACUCUUGUCAGCUCCAUCAAGAGGAACGCAGAGGAUGUGAAAACCUCCAAAGAAGUCAAAUGUAAUGCCCUUUACCUCUUCAAUUUUUUUUUAACAUUGUCAAUAGCCUUUGCAGGACUGAUGCCAAUUUACUUCUUUGUCUUUUCAGUUCACUGGUUCCCAAAGAAAAUAGCAGACUUGGACAAAUGUCAUCAUCUGGUUACAAAAUUUGAUCCAGACCUGGAUCAAGACCAUCCUGUGAGUAUCAACUUUUAAGCAUCAAUAGAAGCGGAAACAGUUCUUAGUGCCAUGUUGUUUGAACUAUAAAUCAAGACAGAGAAAACAUAAUCAGAGUGUCAAACCUUACAUUGAACAGGGCUUCACAGACCCUGUUUACAGACAGAGGAGGAAAAUGAUUGGAGACAUCGCCUUCAGAUACAGACAGUGAGAUAUACUCUUUUUUUAUGAAUUCUACUCACAACCACAUCCCCUUUAAAAGCAGACAACUCGAUUAUUCCUGAUACAUCUGUAAAUCUGUCUGUUCUCAGUGGGGAGUCGAUCCCAAGGGUGGAGUACACAGAGGAGGAGAUCGGGACAUGGUAAGAACAGCUGCAUACAUAUUCAAAAUGUUGUUUAAUAUCAAUGAGCUUUUCUAAGCUAAAACAAAACGUACUCAGGAUGAAAACUCUCAAAUGGUAACCUCUUAAACGUCCUGAAGGGAACUUUAACUAGAUUUGAAAAAAUCUCUCAUUUCUGCUGAUGUCUCCCUGUCACCUGCAAUGGUGACUGAGCCUAUCUGUGAGAAGAUAAGCUAUUUCUAAACGGGGAUAAUGGGAAAUCACUGGUCGGGUCAGGACCAUGAACGAAAUGAUUUGCAGCACUCAGACCAGAGACGACACAUGCAUUUUUUCUUUUUAUUUUGCACCGAAAAUGUGCAUAUUACUGUCACUACACAAACAGUGACAACCCCUUGAAGCAGGAGACUCCUGCAGACACUGUGUCAUGCUACAGCUGCAACCAUGGAGUGAGAAGCUCCUCCACACUGGAGACAGACAGGCAGAGCAGCUCUGUGUCACUAACCUCAGUAGUCCUGCUGCUUCACGUCUGUCUCACACUCCCAGACUCGCCUCCCAUUUUGAAAACAUUUUCUGGAGCCCUGACUUGAGAGCCAGAUAAUUGUUUUACAAUACUCGCUAAAACACUACCGCUUUUGUCCAUAGUGGCCGCCAAAAUCGACAGAAAAUGAAAACUCUCUUCAGCUGCUUUAAAUUUCAAGAGCAUCUUUGUGCAUGUUUACUGACUAAUGCCUGAGUUUCAUGUUGCUCCAACAGUGGUGUAUUUGGUGUUUUUGUUUGGUAAAUUUCUUACCGAUCCAGAUGUCACACCUUUUUUUCUGAGCACAAUUUGUCAGUAGGCAACAAAUCCCUGACAUGAAAACUCAGUCAGUCAUUUUCACACAAAAGAAAAGUAAUCAGCCAGUAUCAAAUACUAAGCAUAUUUUGUAUUAUUAUUAAUCUAUAAGUUAUUAUUAUUAUUAUUAUUAUUAUUGUUAUUAUUAUUAUUAUGUUCUUUUUUUUUUGGGGGGGGGGGGGGGGGGGGGCAAUUUUUAACAGAGAAAGUAAAGUCAUGAGGCCUGGGACUGACCAGGCAGAAGGGGUCAGGUUCUCAUACACAGGCAGGCACAGGUGGUUGCACAGCUACAAGAGAUAAUGGCGAUUUAUUUGGUUUCGGAGGUGUGGGUCUGUCCCUAAAUGUACAUGACAGGAACUUCAUUUAAAACCAAAGCUCUUUGAGAAAUGAAAACUCCGACCUAAAUCAGCAUGAUAACAUCCAAUUGCUUUGACAGGCGGGGCGUGUGAGAAAUGUUUUACUGCUGUCAGGCAGAAACCUCUUAUCUUCAAAAUCUCAACAUUUUUAAACCCCCUGUGUUUUUCAAAUGACUAAACAUGCCAUGGAAUUCAACCGCAGGCUUUUUAAAUACUUUUAAUUGGAGAUCCAGUCAGCUAACGCUCAGAUGUAAAUGUUGACUGAUGUACAAAAAAAUAAAAUAGUGAAAUAUGGAGAUACAAGGAUUCUGCCCAACAGUUUUGAUUUAUUAGUUGUGUGUUUUGAUUUUCUAGUUUCUUCUAAAAAUACUGGCUUCACUGCUGGUAGCUGUGGGUUUGUUCAUAUUUCCAUACAGUCCCUUAAGGCACACAUAAAUACCCUUUUAACUUGUUCUGUACCUACUCUUUGUUGUACCUCUUGUUCAUAAAACUAAAUUAAAGUGUAAAUCACUCUGUUGAAAACCCUGUGAAGAUUUUUAGAUAGUUAUAGAAAUCUCUCUGAUCUUCAUGAGCAAACAAGACCAACUAUAUGAAACCACUGGUAGGUGGUAGGUGCUCAUAUUGAUUGACUGUAUGCUGCUGAAACAUCUAUUUUACCUUUACAUUUGACAUUAUUUACUUUUAGCUUUUAACUGAACUAAGAGGAACAGCAGAAAGAUUUCACACUAUAAAAAAAAUAAAACAAUUACUUUAUCUCUCUUAUUUCUUACUAGGAGGGAAGUUUACUCCACCCUGAGGGACUUGUACAUCACUCAUGCCUGUAAUGAAUAUCUAGAGGCCUUCCGUCUGCUGGAAAGGCAUUGCGGGUACAGUCCAGAUAACAUCCCUCAGCUGGAAGACGUGUCACGCUUCCUCAAAGGUAAACGCCUGGAUGAGAAAUAAGGAAAUGCUUGAUAACGAAGCACCCAGAGUCAAUUACAUAUUCAGUUAAUGUCUUUGUCUUUUUGUCUCCCUCCACACACACACACACACACACACACACACACACACACACACACACACACACACACACACACACACACACACUAAACACACAGAACGCACAGGGUUCAUUCUGCGUCCUGUAGCAGGUCUGCUCUCAGCCAGAGAUUUCCUGGCUAGUUUGGCGUUCAGGGUGUUCCAGUGCACCCAGUACAUCCGGCACGCCUCCUCUCCUAUGCACUCUCCAGAGCCGUGAGUAAACUGUGACUCCUUCUGUCAAAUCUUUAUGCUCAUCUUGACAAAACAAGUCCUGGCUUCGUCAAUAACUUGGCAAUAUUUUGAGUUAGUCACAGAUAGUGGCAGAUAGAAAACUGAUAGAAAAUUGACAGAAAAAUCAAGGUAAAUGCAGAUAUUGCUAUUAUGAGAAUCCUGUGUUCAAUCGGUUCACUUUUCAAUGGUAAAAAAAGAGAAAAGUUUGAACAAAUCCCAGUUUUUUUUCCGUCUGUAUUCGCGUAUAAAAACCUGAAUAUGGACGUUAACUUUGGAUCAAAUAAGGCCCCGGUUGAACUUUCGUUUUGUGCCUUUCUUUCCAGAGACUGUGUCCAUGAACUGUUGGGCCACGUCCCUAUGCUAGCAGAUCGCACUUUCGCCCAGUUUUCGCAGGUGAGGCGAGAAGCUAGCAGAUGUACAGGUUAUUAUUCAUAGUGCUGUACUGAUGUGUAGCAUUGUAACAAUAUAUUGAUGUAUUUUUUCUUCAGAACCUUGGACUUGCAUCUCUUGGAGCAUCGGAUGAAGAUAUAGAGAAACUGUCCACAGUAAGACCCUCGUCCUCAAACACCGACAGAAAUGACACACUGUAUGGAAACUAUCCAAGUAGGGUGGGGGAAACAAAUGUAUUCAUCUUUAUAGAUACAUUUACAGGUCUUUUUUACUAUCCUUAUUAGUGAUUGUAAGCAUUUAUGACUUAUGACUUAUGACUGACUAUUAAGAGUACCUUAAUCCAAAAUCUGGGGCAAGAACUCACUCAAGAGCCUCCCCUGCUGGUUAAAAACAAAAAAGCCUUUAAGUCAAAAAGGGAAAACAUUAACAGACCAUCCAACUAUUACGACCACAUUGGUUGGUUUUUCUGUUCUUGAUAAAGUAAAGAAAAAUGUCACAUUUUUACAGACACACAUAUUCACACCUAGAUGGCGGAAUAAGCUAAAGCAACAGACACAACCAAAAAAAACAAAAACAAAAAAUCCCGACAUAAUUUCAUGUGGUCAACAUUGUGAAACAGUUGGUUUGUUUGGGUUCAGUCAGAAAAAAAUACCCCAGGGAUUGGGAAAGAUCAUGUUUUGGGGUUAAAAUAACAUUUGUGGGGUCAGUUAGGUCAUGUACGGGAGUUAUGCUGCUCAUGUGACCUAAAUACUCAACAACAACUUUUGGUUGAAGUCAUGCAUGUUCCUCUCUACCUAUUUUUUCGUGGUACCUUCUCCUAAAGUUGAACAAAUGAUAAAUUGAUUGUCCAACCCCUGGCAGCCUUUGUAUUUUCAGUUAAUCACUCUAUGUUUUUCCCAUCAGCUGUACUGGUUCACAGUGGAGUACGGCUUAUGUAAACAGAACGGGGAGGUGAGGGCCUAUGGUGCUGGACUGCUGUCUUCCUAUGGAGAACUCGUGGUGCGUUUUUGCACGUUUUCUCAAUCUAAUUUCUUGACCAGAAUUAAGAUGAGUCAAAACUAAAACAGUCCUAUAUAUUUUGUUUGAUUUUCCAGCACUCACUUUCUGAUGAACCAGAAACGAGGGAGUUUGAACCAGAGGCUGCUGCAUUGCAGCCCUACCAGGACCAGACCUACCAGCCUGUCUACUUUGUCUCUGAGAGUUUCUCAGAUGCCAAAGAGAAAUUCAGGUAUUGAACCACACAUGCUUUCAUUCUUAUUUGGGUCCCACUCAAACAAAUAGAACUAGAAAAGCACUCGGAGAGCACAGACCUCCGCCAAGCAGCUCAUGUCCCCCCUUAUAUUGUGAUUCAUACCAAAACUUGUACUGUUACGUGUCUUUUAUUAACUUUUAUUUGUGUUUUUAACUUUUAUUUUGCGCACACUUCCUUGUAUCUUCAUUGGUUAUCUUUCAGCAUUGAAAAUUCCAACGACACCCUUAUUUUUGUGUGUUCUGGAUCACAGUAUCCAGAAUUUUGUCUGGAUCAGAAUCAACCAUUGGCACCUCAUAAAACUCAUUGAGAUCCUUUUGUGUCAUUUUUUACUAAAGACUCUGGCCAUUUUUAUAGAGUAAAUGCAAAAAUUCCAAAAUUUGCCUUAUCUCACAAUGAUAAAGAAUCCUUCAAAAAAUUCCUGGAUCCAGAAGGUGAUCCGGAUCACCACCAAAAUUUAAUGGGAUCCUCCUGGGGCUGAGACGCACCUCUGGUGAAAAUUUCAGGUCAAUACGUCUGUAACUUUCUCCGUAAAGUUGCUAACAGACAAACAAACUAACAAACCAACGCUACCAAAAACAUAACCUCCUUGGCGGAGGUAACAAAUACACAGACUACAAAGAGAUGGAGAGGAGAAGAACAAAAAAAGGGGUUAUGCAAGGACAAGGUCAGAAAACAGCCAGCCGGCCCCUGAGGCCACAAUUUUUUGUAGGUCAGCCAUAGCAGCAAGGAGACAGCUGUUACUAAUGUAGUCUUUCUUAACGAGGCAUGACGCUGGAAUUUUAUCUGGCAAACAGAUCAAAAGAUAACUGCAAAACAAGUAGCAUUAGUGAGUAUUUAGGCAUUAAGAAUAAUACAGAACAUUACAUCCCUGCUACUCUGAGGAAAUACUAGAAAAGUGUUCGGAAAAUGUAAAAAAGGACAUAAAGAACUUUUUAGUGUGUGCAUGCAAGGAUGCUGAUAAAGGAAGGGUUUUACGGUCUUAAUGUGCACAUACAGUAUACUGAGAGGCAAAUCAUGAGGAAUAAAUCAAAGAGUCAGCUUUUAUUUAUUUAUUUUUAUUAUUGGCCUAAAAUCACAUUAAAAGUUAGUUGUAUUAUUUAGAGCAGUGGUUCUCAAGUCCAGUCCUCGAGGCCCACUGUCCUGCAUGUUUUGGAUGUUUCCCUGCUCCAACACACCUGAUUCAAAUGAUCAGCUCGUUAUCAAGCUCUGUAAUGGCUUAAUAACAAGCUAAUCAUUUGAAUCAGGUGUGUUGGAGGAGGGAAACAUCCAAAACAUGCAGGACAAUGGGCCUCGAGGACUGGACUUGAGAACUACUGAUUUAGAGAAACUCUUUGACGAUCUACCAUAAGCAAGCACCUCUUUUACACAGACAGACACCUGACGUAGAGCCAGGCGGAGCAAAAUGACUUCUGCUGAGACUAGAUGGAGAGAGAAGCAGAAACAGAGAGAAGGAGAGAGACAAACAGACAGACAGAUUACAACAGAGAGGAUGAGUGUGUAUGUAAUGAUAAUGAUAGUUGUGAUCUAUCUAAUGUCAGUAUUAACAACCGAAAAAAUGAGUAACAUGAGUUUGAUUAAGAAUAAUAAUCCAAGCUGGGAGAGUCAAGCAGGUUUAGUGACAGACUGUCUCCAGAAACAGUUUGUCACAAGGAAGGCAGUCUCAGCCUUUAACAGCAAAACCAGGACUGCUUUAGCCAGUACUAAGUGUAAGUUUUAAUAAAAAGGAGAUGUUUAGGCUUAUCCUCAAAAGUUGUGAGGGUGGGUGUUUGCCUCUCAAAGCUGCCAGAGGGCUCUGAUAAUCUAAAGCUCUCCCAUACAACUUUUGGACACAAAAAAACAAGAAGGCCAGUCUUCUGGGACUAUGAGCUCUCUAAGAUAUGUUAGACCAUUAAGAGCUGUGUGAUUGAUAAUUAUUAUUCAUCUUUUUUUGUAGUGGCAGUGCAAAGAACGUCAUAUAUCUUGAAGACCUCAGCUUUGGUAGAUUUGUUCUAAUGUCUCCUUUUACUUCAUUCAACAAAGUUUUGUGUCUUUGUCAGGGGGUACGUGUCAGGUAUCAAGCGUCCCUUCUCGGUGAAGUUUGAUCCAUACACCAACAGCAUUGAGGUGCUGGACAGUCCACUGAAGAUCCAAGGCUGCUUGGAGAGUGUAAAAGAUGAGCUGAAGAUCCUGACAGACGCUCUCGGUGUUUUGUCAUGAUGAUGCCCUCUGUCUGUGAACACCCCACUGUUUUUUGCUUCCUAUCUGCUGCGCCUACGAUCAGACCAAUGUGUUCCUCUUUUUGUGCUGUUUUCCUUCAUCACGAUGCUGUUCCUGAUCAGUUGUUGCUUGCUGUUGCUGGAUGGUUGGCCAAAAAACCUCAAUGAUGUGGGUUCAGGCAAUGUUUCCAAAGAUGUUUAACACCCAUGAUGGGGUCUCAUUAACAUUUAUGCUUUAAAGCGAUGUGUCGUCUGAGAAAUGUGUGAAAACCUGAACCAAAAGUAAAGAGAACGGUGUUAAUGAAUGUAUUAAAGAAAAAUAAAUGUUUAUAGUUUAAUUAUUGUCAAUUAAAAGAAACCUUAUCAUAAAAUAAAGAAAAAGUGUAUAUUCAAACCAUGUUAUUUUAUUAGGAAAAACUAAUAUUUUUAUUUCACAUAAUUCAGCAUUUGAUCACAGAUUUGCUGAUUUAAAAGGUUUGAUUCUGUCUUUGUCUUACAGUGUAAAUGCAUAAUAACAAACACAUAGUUUUCAUGUGAUGUACUGUUGAUAAUCACCUCAACUAAAAUAAUCUGUCAAAUAAUAAAGAGCUGCAACUGAA